AUGCUACUUGGUAUGGACGCAAUACGAUUGCUCGGUGAAAUCAUAAACUUUAAUGUGGAGCAACUAACUAUCGGCGCUACUGCAGUCUCUCAAGGAAAAACGAAUGAAGUAUCCACGCCUUCUGUUCAAAAGCUGAUUGAUAAAGACUUAGUAGCAGAAUUCAAAAAUGGCAGCUGGAGCGUGUCUUGGAAAUGGCUGAUGGAACCACCAACUAUAAAAAACAAAAUUCCAAACUAUCAUUUCUCUGAAGACGUUAAAAGUGAGUACGCAACGGAAAUAAGUGAAUGGAUAGCACAGGGAUGGUUAAAACCAUUUGAAGGGAAAUGUAAUGGCAUCAUUCCGUUGAUGGCAGUAAUUCAACAAAAUAAAUUAAAAGUACGUCCGGUGAUGGAUUACCGCGAGCUGAAUCAAUUUGUAUCCAGUGAUACUGCAGAUGGCGAUGUUUGCAGUACCAAACUUAGCAACUGGAGAAAGUUGGGAAAAAAUCUUGAGAUAAUCGAUUUAAAAAAAGUGUACCUGCAGAUUCGUGUCGACGAAGCAUUAUGGAAAUAUCAAGUUGUGGAAUAUGAAGGGCAGCAAUAUUGUCUAACAAGAUUGGGUUUUGGUUUAAAUGUGGCGCCCAGAAUAAUGACAAAAAUCUUAAAAAAGGUAUUAUCCUUAGACAAGGUUGUCGAGUCUGGAACAGAUUCAUUUAUUGAUGACAUCAUUGUCAAUAAUAACAUAGUGUCAAGUUGUAGAGUUCAAGAACUCUUGAAAAAAUAUGGCUUGGAUUCUAAGCUGCCAGAAAUACUUGUCGGUCGGCGUGAGCUUGGAUUGCAAGUAUACAAACAAAACAACCAAGUGCGAUGGAAACGUGACAACAUACCCAAAGUUUCUGAAGGAAAAAUGGCGCGUCGGCAAAUCUUUUCUUGGUAUAGACAGCUGACUGGAAAUUUUCCAAUAGCAAAUUGGUUGCGCCCUUCGUGCAGCUAUCUAAAAAGGGUUUCGAGUAGUUGUGGAUGGGACACUUUGGUAAACGAUCGUAUUGUCAAAUUAGUAAGCAGUUUAAAUGAAAGACUUACAAAGGAAGAUGCCGUUCAUGGGUCAUGGAACGUAAAAAACACUUCUGAAGCAACAGUGUGGUGCGAUGCAAGCAGUUUAGCUGUUGGCAUAGUUCUGGAAGUGGCUGGGGAAAUAGUAGAAGACUGCUCGUGGCUGAGAAAACAAGAUGGUGUGGCUCACAUUAAUCUUGCAGAGUUAGAAGCUGUGAUAAAAGGAAUCAAUCUCGCAACAAAAUGGGGAUUCGAAUGUAUUACCAUAAAACUUGACUCGGCUACUGUUGUUGGCUGGUUGAAAUCCUUAAUCAUUGGUGACAAACCCAUUCGAGUACACGGUCUUGGAGAACCACUUGUCCGUCGCCGGUUGUCGUUAAUUGAAGACCUUGUGAAGGAGUGUGGUAUACAGUUAAAACUUUUCCUGGUUAAGUCAGCAGAAAAUAAAGCCGAUGCUUAUACGAGGGUACCACAGAAUUGGCUGCAUUCAAACCAUUCUGCAAUGACAGCAAAUCUUGUACCACCUGAUGUGAAGUCGUUUCAUAAUCUUCAUCACUUUGGAGUAAAUCGAUCCCUUUAUUUGAUGAAACAUAUCCGAAGGAGAAAGUUUGUAGAAAAGACAUUGAAUCAGUCGUAA